AUGAAAAAUUCAACUUUGCUGACAGAUUUUGUUCUUACGGGGCUCACAGACCGUCCAGGCCUCCAGCUGCCCCUCUUCUUGCUAUUCCUUGUGAUCUAUCUCAUCACUAUUGCUGGGAACCUUGGUCUGAUCACUCUCAUCUGGAAUGACACUCACUUACAUAUCCCCAUGUACUUCUUUCUUGGUCAUCUGGCCUUUGUGGAUGCUUGCUUAUCAUCUACAGUGACACCAAAGAUGUUACUCAACUUCUUACAGAUGAGUAAGAUGAUUUCCUUCUCUGAAUGCAUGAUACAAUUUUUUUCCUUUGCAGUCUUUGUUACUACAGAAUGCUUCCUGUUGGCAGCUAUGGCUUAUGAUCGCUAUGUAGCCAUAUGUAAACCCUUACUUUAUCCAAUGAUUAUGACUAAAAGAUUAUGCAUGUGUCUAUUAGCCCUAUCUUUUGUAGGUGGAAUUCUUCAUGCUACAAUACACGAGGGCUUUUUAUUUCUAUUAACCUUCUGCAAUUCCAAUAUAGUACGUCACUUUUACUGUGAUAUUAUUCCAUUGUUGAAGAUUUCAUGUACUGAUUCUACUCUGAAUUUUCAACUGGUAUUUGUUUUGGCUGGUUUAAUUCAAGCAUUUACCAUUGUGAUUGUUCUUGUGUCAUAUACGCUAGUGCUGUUCACAGUUUUGCAAAAGAAGUCUGUCCAGGGCAUAAGGAAGGCUUUCUCAACCUGUGGUGCUCAUCUCUUAUCUGUGUCAUUAUACUAUGGGCCUCUUCUUUUCAUGUAUGUACUCCCUCCUUCUCAAGAAGCAAAUGACCAAGAUAUCAUAGAUUCUGUGCUUUACACAGUCAUAAUUCCUGUGUUAAAUCCAAUUAUCUAUAGCCUGAGAAACAAGCAAGUCAUGGAUUCCCUGAAAAAAAUGUUAAAGAAAAAGGCAUAG